AUGUCAGACAAGUUUUUGCUUAAAGACGUUUCUCCUGAGGCCACAGCGCUACCCUCCAUUUUCGCACUAGUUCUCAAGGCUGAGUGCGAGUACUUCUCAAAUCUUGCCGCGGAAGCAUCUUCGGAUCAGGAGCUAGUGUGUCAAGCCAGGACGCGGGCACUGGAAGCUUUUGGUCUACGUUGGAAGCUCCCUGUGCAAUUGGAUGAUGCCGAGACAUGGAGGAGCUUCUUGGCAGCAACGGGAAGUAAUGGUGGCGCGAAGAGGCCCGUGUUGCGAGCGCUCUCGUUGGACAUCCUGUCGCUGAUUCUAAGAAAUGGCCGCCGAGUGCAAUGGAAUACAGACCAUAAAGGGUUAAGUGAGUUGUGCAUUUUUGCAGUGUAUCAAAUACUCAAGCAUAUUGAUAAACUGUUGCCAGCAUUCGACUUGGAGGGCGAGACCGAGCCUGCUGAUUGGGAGGACAUUCUGCGCCAUCUCCCCAUCGAUUCCGACGACAGCGCGAUGGGAGACCAUAUUAACAUAUUGUUCACUGUUUCGGUCAGGUGGCUUCGGAAUCCUUCGUUUUCUGAGAUGCCAACUGCUAAGGUCACCGUCGUACUCCAGAGGAUGAUUAGCGCAGUCAAUUUUAUCUCAGGAUACGACCGACGGCCCGGAAGCAUCCGCUCGGACUACGGCUGGGAAGACAAGAACUGGAUAGAAGCAGUGCAAAAUCAAGUUAAUAACUCAUCCCCAUACGACAAUAUUUUUCUACAACUUCAUGCAUCUGAAAGGUCCUACCAUAGAGGCAUUCUCACCGGUAUUGCCAGUGAUGGCUUGAUCAGGCAAUAUCUGCACAUGUCACUUCGCAAUCUGCAUGCGCGAGCAGACUGCCAGUGCAAGCUGGCAAGGUGCUCGUGGAAACAGCAUUCAUGCGGAGGCGACGAAGACAAUUCCUUCCUCGGCUGUCCUUUGCUGGACGCGGAUAUCCCCGGUCUACCCAGCUCUGAUGACUACUCAUUUCCUGAGAUAUUUACUACAUCCAACAUCCCUGUCGCCGUCACACUUUCUGCGUUGCCAUCUGACUUCGACCAUCGUCCCACUCGUCCAGAAGACACACACCAGUCUACCGAGCUGUCCGUGCCAGCUGAUUCAGCUAACCGAACAGACGAUAAUACGCAAGAGGACCCACCUGAACGAGACAAGCCGGCCUCUGUGGCUGGUCACCCCCUUCAUCUCAGCACUCUGCAAGCAUGCUCUUCGUCCUCUGCAACAGUAGGACUCUCAGUGGGGCAAUGUGAGAGGGCGGCUUCUGGCAGAAGCAGCGCCGGCUUGCACGCAUAUGAUGAUCAUGGCGUAUCCGAAGAAGAUGUGGCAUAUCAUGUUGUGUCGAGCCCUGCUCAUGGCCCCGGAUUCCUAUCUGUCGUAUCCAACGCCCCAUUUGAACCAAUGUCAUCCACGAAGGCUCAACCUGUGUUGUCUGACUUCAGGCCGGACGAGGAACCUAUGGCGCAUCGAGAACCACCCAACAGCCUGAGUGAUAUUCGCGCGGAGUAUACCUCUCCUUCCGAAGCUCAAGCAGAGGCGGAGGACCACGCUUCUACAGGCGAGACCGAAGGCAAUAGCGGAACAGCGGAGGAUAGAGGAAGAUGCCCUGGCCUAGACGAGCCGGUUGCGCACGAGCUUGCCAGCAGUGACUCGCCGAAUUCUUCCGCGGUGCGUUCGUCUUAA